AUAUUCGUUAGUGUCGAUCGAGGUUCGAAGUGCUCUAGACGUUCGAAGUGGAAUAUUAAAGUGAGGGAAAGUCUAGAUUUUCUAGAAUCGGUAACAUACAUCCGUGCCAUAGUGCGUUGUGAAGCCGAAGGCGAGUGAGAUCAUCCGGAUACAAAAGCGAAGAAGUGAAGUUUCUAUUCAACCGCCGUUUCGGAUAGCGUUUAGGUGGUGUCGAUUUAGCAGUUCGUAUAAAGCGGAAAAUUAACGAAAAUGGGUCUAAAUUGUGGUCUGUCAACAAUAAAAUACGUGCUUUUCGUAUUUAACUUGCUAUGCUCGCUCUGCGGUAUUGCACUGGUGGUCAUCGGCGGCGUUUCCCUGGCCAAAAUCACCGAAUUCGAGCAGAUCAGCGAUGAGCACAACAUUGUGGCCCCCUCAAUUCUGUUCAUCAUCCUCGGUUCAAUCGUGUUCAUAAUUGCAUUCUUUGGAUGUUGCGGUGCUAUUCGGGAAUCAUACUGUAUGACUACGACCUAUGGCUUCUUCCUUAUGGUAUUGAUCAUUGCACAAAUUGUGAUCGCUGCUUUGGUGUUCGUCUACGUUGGAGACGCUCGUGAAGCUUUUAAGAAAGGAUUCGAACGUGUUUUCGAACAACGUGAUGUACCAGCCAACCGUGAAUUGAUUGACACCAUCCAAUCCAAUCUCCAAUGUUGCGGAAGUUCGUCGUUUUUGGACUGGGGAGCUAGUAUGCCACAAUCUUGCUGCUCGACUGGAACGGCUCCAUUUUGCGUUCCUCAUGCACAAGGUUGCAGGUCACGUCUAGGUGAAUUCAUCGAUGAUGCUGGUACUGUUCUUGGAUGGGUUUCCCUGGGAGUGGCCGCCGUAGAGCUGAUCGGAUUAAUUGCUGCGUGCUGCCUCGCCAACGGAAUUCGCAAUCAACAAAGAAGAUAUGCUUAAGCUUCAAGUUGUCGCUUGAUUCUUAAUUAAUGUUGUCUGUUUCAUUCAGGAGAGUGUGGAGGAAGCUACAUUACUUGUUACAAUCGACUAAAUCCAUCGAGAGAAAGAGAAGAUUCAUUACACUAGCUAGCUAGCUAUCUUAUACGCGUGAAACUAUCUGCGUAGAAUCUUAAAUUGACCUGUCUUGCUUUCGUGAAUAGUUCAUUCAUGCUCAUUGAAAUAUUAAAGCUGUACCUACUGUUUAGAGUGUGUUUAGGACCAGUCAUACACACUUAAAGCGACCAAACUUUUGCAAAAAAAUGUUUUCACUUUAAAAUCUCUACAAAUAUUUUUUUAUGUACAUUCUCGCACAACGAUUGCGUAUGAAGUCCAAAAAUAAUUAGUAUUAUACAAGCGGAUACAUGAUACAAAAAUAUUACGUUAAAGUAACUGAGAAAUAUCGAAAUCAAUAUAAACUUAUGUUCUUACGUUGUGAGUGUUUUAAAAAGUGCCCCUUGUCUUCACUGUUACAGGUGUUGUUUUGUUUCGCUGAUAUUUUUUAAACUGUGUGGUAAGAAAAUUUGAGCAAAUAAGCGGGUAUAAACAUGGGUAUAAGCUAUGAACACGGAAUAUCGAGUUUCCAUACGAUUGAAUGCACCACUUGAGGGUUUGAUUAAACACUCGAUACGAAGUAUUCUAUAGUCUGUACCAAACGUUUGUUCCGUACGAUGCAAUUGUGCCCGGCUUUAAUGCAGAUACAGAUGCUAAUAAAAUAAGUUUAAAUAUAUAAGUACAACCGUACAACAAUCGUACGCUAAUUCUAUGCUUUAGCUUCAGCCUCUUUGAUUUGUAUAUGUAAUUUAGGAUGCGCUUCAAAAACAGUCAUGGCGAGUUUGACGUCUUUUGCAACGUUUAAUGAGUGGCGAUGCUAUAUGGGUAUAGAAUGUUUGUGUUUCUACUGUAUAUACCUAUUAAGUGAA